AUGCACACCUUUAUCCCACCGCAACCUCCGCCUCUUGUUCCGCAGCACCCUGCCCCAUUGGACGUAUCGACAUCUUCACCUCUGCCGGCGGCGCCGCAACCUCAAUACCAGCCCAUCUUUUUGGAAACCACGCACGACACAGGCAUUGAAGUCGACCCUGACAUUAACAACGACAUUGGCAUUGAAAUCGACACCGGCAUUAGCUUCGACACGAUCAAGCGCUCGAGGCAAGUCCCAAAUCUCGACGACUACCGACCCCCGCGGCGCAAUUCGCCGCAGUAUGAGCUUGUCUCGCACUUCUCAGCCAUCCAGGUCGACGACGAGAUCGAUCCGGAAGCAGACGUGUACGCUCCGCCUGCGAUCCCCGACGUGCUGGCCAUGCGCCGCGGGCGAUGGGGUACCAACGUCGCCAUGGUCUAUCGCACUGCGCGGCAGCGGAGGAACGACAAUCUCCCGAAACACAGCCACUUGGCCGGGCACGAAGGGGUGGAGGAUGACGAGGAGGAGGAGGAGUUGGUGGUCGAUGAUGACAUGGACGUCGAUCCGACUGCGGAUGAGGCCUCGCUCCAGCUGUGCCUGCUGGAGAGGGCGACGACUGACCGUGUCAGAAUAUGCAAGAAGAAGCAGAUGCGCAAGAGGAAGAGGAAUCAGCGCGGGAAGGAGGGAGGCGAGAAGGAGGGAGGCGGCAAGAGAAGGCGCGAGAGGGAUAAGAAAGCGAUAAUGGCUACUGCGGACCGAGGGGAUGGGAGCGGCGGUGGAGUGCCAGUAGCGGCGGCUCCUAUUUUGUCGGAUGGUCAACAUGCUCACCAGCACCAUUGA